AUGCCUCCGACUGAUGAAGACCUUACUUGGUUCCGUUCUACCUUCCACCCUAUCCCGAAACCUGCAUUACCAGACGAUUGCAUCGAAUACUCCCUCUACAUAAUUUCAUCCUCACUCGAUACGAGCCAUGAUUCGGAACUACGAUUACGGUUGCGAGAGAUACAACAGUAUGCUACAGAUUUGUAUCGGCAGUAUCUACAAGACUAUAUAUGGCAACGCCAAGGGUUCUCUCUCGAAACACGGAAAGAGGAUGGACUGAGUUUCUUACGCGGUCGGACUGAAUAUGGCGACUCUGUGGAAGACGAAUGGGUCAUCGUCUGGCUCCUGCGGGAACUGACCCGCAAGUUCGAUGAUCUCUGGAUCAAGGUCAUUGACAGCGAUGGCGAAUUUCUCCUGAUUGAGGCGUCAGGCACUUUACCGAGCUGGUUGGAACCCGAAGUCGCGGAGAAUCGCGUAUGGAUCAACAAUGGGCAGUUGAAGAUCAUAAAACCUGCAAGUGGCUCAAGAAGCGCCAAGCGAACCGAGGAGAAGUUAUCUGUCCAGCAAGCAAGGGAAAUACUACUACAAGAACCGAAAAGGCUGAUGCAUUCGACAAGUAUGGAGGAGGAAGCAUUCUUCAGGCUCCGGAACUAUCCCUCCCAGAUCGCAGGAAAUAUGCAUCACGCAAUAAUCACUGUACCACGAAAGGUGGCGUUCCUCCUGCAUCAGAAAUCAGCCUAUAUUGCACCAGCUGUCGAAGCAUUCUAUCUCCGAGAUCCUAUUGCACUCAAGCCACUACAGUCCAAAGAGCAUAUGAACAAAUUGGUCUUUCCACCGCGAGAUUUUGUGACCAUCAGCGUCAAGUUCCCUCGUGUGGCCUAUGCUCAGGUCAAGUCACAAAAUUUCCCCGCACCGGCUGUUUUCGCAGGUGCUAUGCCGUCAAGGGCGGACUUUGAAGCCUAUGUUCGAGCUGAAGCUGGCAUGAAAGUGACAUGUGGGUUUGAGAUGUCAGUGUCGGAUCCUCAAUACCAGGAUCGACCGGUAGUGAGAGAGAUGAAGAUCCUGUUGGAAGAUUUGGAGUCAGGGGACGAAACAUUGCCAUCGGAUGCUGACAUUGAAAAAUGGGAUCGGCGAGAAGACGAUGAAAAGUGGCUGGAUAUCAGCUUUGAUGACCUCGAAAAGGAGUUAGGCGGCCAAAAGGGUCAGGCUGGGAUGGACAAGAAACCUGGCUUCGGAGACAAGGCCGCUCUGGAGAACUUACAGAGGAUUGUGAAACAAUUCGAAGAGUUUCUGAACGAUGACAAAGCCGGCCCGGAUGGUGCAGGAUUAUUUGACGAAAAUAGUGAUGAUGAUCUCGACGAUGAUGAUGAUGACGACGACGACGAUGAUGGUGAAGAUAAAGAUGCGAGUUUUACUGAGGAUGAAUUUACGAAGAUGAUGCAAGAGAUGAUGGGCAUGCCACCUGAGGUCAUGAAGGAAAUCAUGACGGGCAAACUUGGCCCUGGGGCUCAAGAUCCUGCGAUUCGGUCUACGUUGCGCUCACCGCCUCAUGGGAUAGGCCUCAUCGAAGACGUGGAGGGCUCGGAAUCCGAAGGGGAUGGCAAUGAUAUGCAAACGUGCACGAGGCAGAUGGAAGCAGAGCUGCGAGACACAGGCGUGCUAGAUCUAGGAGACGGUCCUAGGUCUUCAUCAGACAAGCGCCUCACUGCGAAAGAGACACCGAUCAACCACGCCAAGCAAAGUGGUGGUGAUGAUGCCGACGACACAUACGAAUUGUCUAAUGACGAAAUAGACAACGAAAUUGACGUCAGUUUAGCGAAGAAUUUGCUUGAGAGCCUCAAGGCGCAGGCUGGUACAGCUGGACCCGGUAGCAACCUCAUGGGCUUGAUGGGUCUGGGGAUGCCGAGAGAUGAGUCGAACGAAGGCGAUGAUGGUCAACCAGGCGCCAGUGGGACUGUGAGAGCUGGUGGAAGUAAAAAGGUGGUUGGGGGCGAGGGUGGAGACGAUGAACAGCUGAAAUAA